CCCCCGCUGCAUGCCCCUCUCCGCCCGACCCCCUCCAGGCCACACUCCAGCCCUGCGCGACGGCGAGGACACCCACCGCGACACGCCAGGGCAAGACGCGCGGUGCGAGGGUGCAGCGCGCGCGUCCCCGUCCGCCUCCUUGUCGGACAAGGGAAAGCAUCGCCAGCGCGAGCCAGAUGCGGUCAGAGACCUGCCUGCACACGCCAGCCCGGCUCGAUAUCCCUCGCAGCCUGCCCGCCAUCGAUCGCCCUCUGCAUCUCCCCUGCCUCCGCCAUCCUCUGCCUCGCCCAGCCCCAGCACAGCGGAUCCAAUGACCCUGACGCCCGCGCGUCUCCGUCCCCUCCUAUGCUGCCCGCUCUGCCCGCUCCCCGCACUCCUCCAUUCACCAGUCACCCUCCGAUGCGGGCACACUCUCUGCGCCACACACGCCCGCGCAGAUGCCCGUGGACGGUGUCCCCUUCCAACCUGCACAACCGCCCCGCCCGCCCCCGCGCUCGCGCCCCACCCGCAAUCCCACGUCGGCUACUUCACCGUCCCGGGCGUCCAGUCUGCCGAGGACAGGGUGCGCGAGGGUAGGGCGGAUGUCACCGUGAGCAAGAUCAUCGAGCUCGUGGACCGUGCGCAAAGAUGGUUUGACGACGCUGAGCUCGGCGACCGCGUCGAGAGCGCCCCUGCAUACCCGCCCGACGAGCACACCGACGAGGAGACGGAGGACGACGACGACGACGCGGCCCCGCGCGUGGACCCCGAGCACGACAUCAGCGACAUAGCAUCACUAUCUGUUAGUGCCGACACAUCUCCGUCCGGCCGUGCGAAACGCCGCCGCCGCCUGGCCCCUCCGCCCGCCCGCCGCCCGGUGCCCGACGCGGCCGAGCGCGACCCCGCGGCGCGGUUUGAGAAGGAGCUGAUGGGCGAGCUGACGUGCGACAUUUGUAGCCAGUUGUUUGUGCAGCCUGUCACGGCGCCCUGUCAGCAUACGUUCUGCGCGGGAUGUCUGCACCGCUCGCUUGACUACAACAUGGCGUGCCCUAUAUGCCGCGACGCGCUCGAAUACGCGUACUUCCAGGACCAGCCUUGCAAUAAGCUCGUGUUGGCCAUCAUCUUACACGCCUUCCCGGAGGCGUACGCUGAGCGCCGCGCCGCGCUCGAGGCGGAGGAGCGCGACGCCCGCCUGGACACGCCGAUCAUGAUCGCCCAGCUGAGCUACCCGGGCAUGCCCACCAUGCUCCACUUCUUCGAGCCGCGGUAUCGACUGAUGCUCCGGCGCUGCCUCGCGACGCCCAACCCGCGUUUCGGGAUGAUCCCGCCCCCGCGCACCGCACCCUCCUCGUCCUCCCCCCGCGCACCAGCCGCACGCGUCCACGAACCACCCGCCAAACGCCCAACCCGCACCGCAACGCACGGCGGCGCAGACGAACACGGGAACGAGUACGGGACGAUGCUGGAGAUCCGCAACGUGCAGAUGCUGCCCGACGGGCGUGCGGUGGUCGAGACGUCGGGCGCGUGGCGGUUUAGGAUUCUGGAGAGGGGGACGCUGGAUGGCUAUCUCGUCGCGAGGGUGGAGAAGGUGGAUGACUGGGAGGAAGAGGAGGAGGAGGAGGCAGUUUCCGGGGGGCGGGCGGUAGGGCAAACGCGGACGAUAGCGCAGCUGAUGGAGGUGUGCCACGCGUUCCUGCGCGAGCUGAGGGAGGGCACGCCGUGGGUCGUGCAGCGGCUGAACACGCACUACGUCGAGAUGCCUAGGGACCCGGCGAGCUUCAGCUUCUGGAUGGGUGCGCUCCUCCCGAUCGACGAACACGAGAAGGCGAAGCUCCUCCCGAUCCGCUCGGCCCGCCUGCGCCUGCGCCUCGUCGUGCACUGGAUCGAGAAGCUGCAGAGUCAUUGGUGGUUCUCUGGUGGCUGCGUCGUCUGCUGAUGCGCGCGGUGCUCGGCGCGCUCGUCCCCGCGGGCGCGACGGCCUUCGUCGGCGCGCUGCUCGUCGUGUUCGUCGCGCAGAGCGUGGCGGUGUUGGUCCGCGGGGCCGGUCCGCGCGGGGAGGGUUUGGACGGUGCGUGAGGGGACGGGGCAUGAGGGGGUCGAGGUUCGGGAGUGGGCGCACACGCGUUGGGCCUUUACAUACACGCAUUUCUUUUUGCUUAUACACGCAUGCUCCGUGGCCGGCACGUCUAUCAUCGAGUGUAUUUGGGGGUCGGAUCUAGUAGCAUUUGUAGGGGUGUGUGGGGACUUGGCGCAGACUAAUAUGGUCGUUGUAAUCUACUUGUGUGUGCUGCGUUGGCGAGAACGCGGUGUUGCUAGAUAUCGGCGUUGUCUACUGUACUAAUGGGAGGUGUUUUACUAGCCUAUGAUGAGAUGGUAGUACGCAGCAGGGCUUGACGCAUGAACGGCGUAAGUAGUAGGCUCGAAAUCCGUC